UGUUCACGCCGCGGCCAACACCCAAGGAAUGAAAAUAUAUCAGAUAUCGGCUAGACUUUUCAGUUGUUGUGAAUAACAGACUUUAAAAUGGAUGGAAGCAUGGACGGGAUGACAGAAUAUGAGAAAUAUUUGCAAUUCUGGGAGAUGAUAUUGUAUGGCCCCGGCUUUUCGGACAAUACUAAUUUGCCAACUGAAGACAAAGACGAUGGUCUGAAGGUAUCUGAAGUAGAUCUAGACAUCAAAGCAAAUAUAGCUGCCCAUCAUACCGACAAAUUUGACAUCGCAGUAGCUGGAGUUUACGAUGACACUGAACUGCUCGUUGUCAGACGUGGACAAGUGUUUAAUAUGAAGAUACAAUUCAACAGACCAUAUGAUAAAACAAAAGAUGACCUAAAAUUCAUCUUUGAAUUUGGAAAAAAGCCAUUGCCAUCAAAGCAGACUCGUCAAGAGUUAAUGCUGUCAGACGAAGAUCUUCCUGGCAAAUGGGGGGCUGUUAUUAAAUCAAAAGUUGGCAACUGGCUCAACAUAGCUGUUUUUACUCCGCCUGACUGCGCAGUUGCUAAAUGGUCAUUGAAAAUCGACGUUGUAAAACGCAAGGACAACAAAGUGACAGUUCAUAGAUACCAACACAGCGAUCCUUUGUAUAUUCUAUUUAAUCCUUGGUGCAAAGAUGACCAGGUUUACAUGAGUAAGGAUCUUGAAGAGUACGUGUUGGAAGAUACUGGGGAAAUAUACUGUGGUAGCUACAACUAUAUUCAAGCUCGUAAGUGGAAGUUUGGACAGUUCAAUGGAAAUGUGCUGGAUUGUGCUAUGUAUCUUCUGGAUGACGUCUCUAAAAUCAAAGAUCAUGUCCGUGGAGAUCCAGUGAAAGUUACAAGGGAAAUAUCUAGCUUGGUUAAUAGCUUUGAUAACUCGGGCGUCCUAGCGGGCAACUGGUCUUCGGAAGCGGAUGAUUAUGCCGAUGGUAAGGUUCCCUGGCACUGGACCGGAAGUGUCGAGAUUUUGAAACAGUAUUUAAAAACCAAAAGACCAGUGAAGUAUGGACAGUGCUGGGUUUUCUCUGGAAUUGUGACAACAGUAUGUAGAGCUCUAGGUAUACCAGCAAGAAGUGUGACCAAUUUUGAAUCAGCUCACGGUACUGACGGUAGUAUAACCAUAGAUACACAUUUUGACAGAGCCGGUGACGAAAUGGAAAAGUACAAUGAUUCCGUUUGGAAUUUUCAUGUUUGGAAUGACGUCUGGAUGGCUCGUCCUAAUUUACCGACAGGUUAUGACGGAUGGCAGGCUAUUGAUGCCACACCACAGGAAGAAAGUGGGGGUGUUCACUGCAUGGGACCGAUGUCUGUAAAAGCCAUCAAGGAAGGUAAUAUGAAUUUGCCACAUGAUGGACCAUUUGUUUUUGCCGAAGUUAACGCAGACAAAGUGACCUGGCGUCCAAACAAAAAUGGAAAUAUGAGUGUAGUUGAAAUAAACAAGCACAGUGUUGGAAAAUGCAUCAGUACAAAAACACCGCUCGGAAGAACACCAGUUGAAAGUUACGCGAGCAGAUAUUGCCCGAACAGGGAAGAUAUAACAAAUGAGUACAAGUUUCAGGAAGGUAGUCAGGAAGAGCGUCAAGCAGUAAAACGAGCCAAUUUGCGAUCAACCAAAGAUAACGUGUACGACGAAAAAAAAUGGGAUGUUGUGUUUAGCCUGGACUUCAAACAAACGUCUAUUGGCGAGACAGUUAAUGUUUGUAUGAAAAUCAAGAAUAACAGUAGCAGUGAUAGAACUGUUUUUGGAUCUACAACGCUGACUAGCAUUGAUUACAGAGGAAAACUCCACAAGCAAAUCGAUAGAAACAGGAUCAUAGAAUGGAUGCCCACAGUUCUGAAGGCGGAAACAGAAAUGAGUGUAACUUUGGAUGUUCCUUUUGAAAAAUACUUUGAGAAGUUGGUUGAUGAAUGUUUUCUUAAGACAUCCUGCUUGUAUGAGGUACAGGAAACAAACCAGAUCUUUACAACGAUGGAAGUUAUGGAGCUUGCAAAGACGACCCUUUCCAUCAAGGCGCCCGAGAAAGGGUAUAUCCGAAAGAAGUUUACGGUAGUGGCUACCUUCAAAAAUCCUCUACCAGUAACAUUGACCGAAUGUGAACUUACUGUAGAAGGACCAGGACUUCAAGAAGCAGCCACCUACCCUCAGAAAGAUGUGUCAGCAAACGCCACAUUCACAGGCACGUUUGCCUUAACCCCAGAAAAGGUACACGAAAAGGAAAUCAUAGUGAAAUUUAACGCGAAAGAGCUUCACUCAGUUGAAGGCAAGCACGAUAUGGAAAUAUCUAAAUAACCAGAUUACGUGCCUCCACAAACCUUAAAAGCAUACAAAUGAAAUAAGAAGCGUGUGUUUCUUUAAUUUUAUGAAAUAUACGUUUUUAUCUGUUUGAAGUGAUUUCAUGUACAUAAUGGAUAUUGAUGAUAUGAACUAUUGUUCCAGUUUAAACAAACAGUGCACACAGUGGGUUUCUAAUGCGUUUUACAGGAACCAGUUUCAUCAAUUUUCUUGAUAGUAAAUAAAACCAAUUUGUAAUGUUUUGGACAUGAAAUAGAAAUUAUGUCCAUUAAACAAAUUCAAAGAAAAUAACCAUCAACAUUGUUAGUUUAAGUUAAUUCAAUCUUUUUCAAAAUUUGUUCUAGACUAUUGCUCUUAUUUUCCGAUACAAAUGGCAGAUAUGAUCAGCUUUAAGAACGUAUUUAAAUUGACAUUUCAAAUUUUGUUUUGUAUGUUUUAUUCUCUGGUGAUAGGCAUUUUUACGCUUGAAAUAUGUUUUUUGACACAUUUGUCAGAAAACACCUUUAAUGACAUUUUUUUCUUAUAUUUUUGAGAUUUGUGUGUAUUCAUCAUUUGUUUUUCCGCUAUUGUUUUAUCAAGGAAACUUUUCAUGCUUUAUAUAUAUAUAUAUAUUACUGUUUUCCGUUUUACAUUUAAGACCAUGUAUUGCAACUUCCAUUUCUUUAUUCAGUGUUACAUAAAACAUAAUUAUGUGGUGUAGCAACCAUGACCUUAGCUUUAGGUGACUGUAUACGUUAUAUCUCUAAUCCCUCACCGAUGUGAGUUCGAGACUCGCUUGUAGCGAAGAAUUCUUCAUGUGAGAAAGCCAAGGUCGAUGGUUCUAUCCAGGUGCCCGCCCUUAUUGAAAUAAUGCCUGGAGGUGUCCCCUGAGGUUUUCACCCAACAUCAAAAGAUCGAAUGUCGCCAUAUGACCUAUAACUAAGUCGAUGUUACGAUAAACCCAUCAACAAUAUAUAAGCUACACUCUGAUGAUAGUAAUAAAUAAUGUAUUGGUUGAAGGUGGCUUUUAAACAAUUCGCUUCCAUUUGAAUUCGCUCAAAAGAUAUGUUUUUUACUAAAGCUAAAUAUAACAUGGUGGUUCAAGAAACUGACAAAAUUCCAUUAUUUUCCUAUUUGCAAAGUAACUGCCUUUCUAACUGAAUGCCUUCUACUUUUACCUUUUAACUUUGUAAUGACUUAACAAUAAACUCUUCGUGAAAAAAGUUGAAUUAUUUCUGUGCACCCAUAUUUUUCAAUGAUUAGGUUUUAUAUUUAUUUGUACUUCCAGCUGUCAUUAAACACCAAUCAUUAACUAAAUAGCGCUUUGGUAUGAAGCCUCACAAGAUAAUUGCCUAAUGGAAAGUAGAUAACCCACAUCGUUUUCGUUGUCAACCUGUAAAAUAUCGAGAUCAUUUUAAUAUUGAAAAUGAUUUCCUAUCAAUAACAUAGAGAACGCGUAUGCAGUUCAAAGGAAAUCUAUGUGGAGAGUACAUGCCACUUCGUAGGACGGUUGAUUUACCCGGUUUAGUUUAAUUGUAUCCCAUUAAUCUAGGAUAAGUAAGUCAGAGGUCAAGACCUUCGGCUGACAAAAUAUAUUAAUAUCAGCUUCAGAGAAAUAUGAUUCGGCUGAGAAAAGAUACGUUUCCUGCGAGACUGGUUUUUUUUCAAAGGGUCAUGUGCGCGGUACUUACUCCUUGGUGUUCAUCUUUGCAAGGAGCACACCACCAACAACGAUCCUAUAGGAAUUAGACAUUAGACCUGCAGAGUCUAAUAUUAUUCCCGAUGAUAGCGUUCAGAGCUUAUAUCAGUGUAUGCCAUCAGCCAUUCGUGACUUAUAUGUAUUAAUAAAACAAGGCUAAACAUACCAAAAUAUUGAUUUUCUAAUAUUUGAUGAAAAAUACAUAAAUCUUAAGACGCAAGCUUUGGACGUUAAUUGGUCUUGUAAUUAAACCUUACACAUGUAAUUUUAACAUUUGAGCCGCGCCAUGGGAAAACCAACAUAGUGGCUUUGCGACCAGCAUGGAUCC